AUGGAUUCGCUGCAUGAGGCGCAUUUGGAGCGGAUUUUAGAGAACCGCCGUCGGCGCGGGGUGGCCGCCAGCUACGGCAACCGGCGCGGCCCCUCCACCGCGACGCAGACCGGGCAGUGGGAGGCCGCGGGGGACGCGGCGGCGCCAACGCUGCUGAAGUCGGACUUGAGCCCCAACCCACGCGCCGCGCUCGCCUACAGUGCGGCGGACGAAGCGGUGCCGCGCGACAGUGUCCCGCGGGCGACCCGAGCCGCGGCUGGGACGGGGCCCGGCAGCAGCAGCCGAGCAGACGGCGGGGAGGCGGAGCACUUCAGGCACGAACGACCCAACAUGGGCGACAGCGCGGCGGCGGCGGCUGCUGCUGCUGGGCGUGGCGCCGGGCUGUACAACCAAAACCACUCGCCACGCUUUGGUGCCCGUGACGGCGGAAGCUUUGGGAGAGACCGCCGUCGCUGGGGCGAUGGAAGCUCCUCGCAGCGUGCCUGGCGCCCCUCGCAGACUUCCUCUGCCUUCCGCGACGACGCCAGUUCCUUCUUGGGGAGCGGCGCCGGCUGCUACUCCGCCAGGUCGCCGCGUCGAACCGUGCCCCUGCUGACGUACGGCGUGCCCGAUGUCGCCGCCUCGCGCUGGCGCGGCGGUGACUCACGUAGGGGGCGGACCGUCUCGCCCCGCGCGCCCGCGUCGUGGCAGAGCGGGACACCGCGCUUUCAGCGGCCCCCGCCCGGGUACCGUCCUGGUGGCGUCGGCGAGGGUAGGCGCAGCUACAGCAGGGGCCGACAUGGAGCGAGCCGCAGCUGCGGGCGCUACGACGGCUCACUGCGCCACUGUGUGGAUAGCCCACGGGGGGUGCAGCAAGUGCCGGCUCAGCGCUCGAGGCCCAACGGCGCGGCCGAAGUUAUUCAUGGGUUCCCCGCGGAGCGCAACUCGCAAGCGGCCGGCUCGGUGAUAUACACAGAAACCGAUACAAAAGGGGAAUGGAACCCGUUUGCCUCUUUGCAGCAGCACCGACGAACACCGGGCCCGCCGCUUCCGCAGACGGCCCCAGUCUCUGGCGUGGAUCGCAACGGCAUUUCUGGGGCAAACAACGACGUGGUUGGGUUGCCCAGCACGCGAACUACGAUAGACAUUCGCACCAGUGUGUCUAUCUUGGCGGCUGGUGAUUGGUUCUACAAGUGGAGCGGCAGCGGCGCCACCGUCUCUCCACGCUGGGUGUGGCUGGACACGCAGAGCCAACUCCUGCUGUGGGCGCACAAGGAAACCCACGAGACCGCCUUUGCCGGGACAAUCAAGCUUGAGAAGAUUCUUCAGGUGGGUUCCCGCGAGCUGCAGCAGCCGGGCGACGACGGCGUCCCGCGGACCUACCACGUUCUUCUUGUGGAAACGACCAAGCGCGUCCUGCAGCUGGCCACCGAGCGGCGCAUAAAGGCAGACACGUGGUACGAGGCUCUGAGCAACGUCGUGUCGUACCUCCGCUCGCACAAGUUCGGCGCCCCCGCCGCUUAG